AUGUUAGUAGAUAGAACUGUUCCUGAUGAAGAGAGGAUAUGUUGGUCCCUUAUCGAAAAACCGGCCCUAACUCUCACACCAAAGCAACCCCCAACAUCAACCCCGGACACAGAUGGAUCUGUUAAGGCGCCGCCACAUAAAGUAUCCAAGAAAAACGACAAUGUGAACGACCACUCCAUCCCAGCCCCAGCCAAGCAGAACGAGCUAAAACUCCCUAACAUCCACGAACCGUCCGUUCCUUAUCAUCCUCAUCAGCACCCAAACUCCCAGUUCGGCAUCUCUUACUCCCCCUACAGAGCAGACCGCACCUGCAAGACCCAAGAAGAAGUAAACCAAGACCUAGACAGAAUCUCCGAAUACUCCUUCAUCCGCAUCUAUGGCACAGACUGCGACCAAACAAGAAUAGUAUCCAAGGCUGCACGACGACACAACAUGCGUGUUUUUGCCGGCGUCUACGACCUAACCGAUUUCCCAGGAAGCCUCAGCGCCUUCAGCGAUGCUGUAACAGGCCCGGACGGCAAAAAGGACUGGUCCAUCUUCCACACUAUCGCCGUCGGCAAUGAACUCGUAAAUGCCGGCACCAACUCCGCCAGUGACGUCGCGAGCGCCGUGAAAAAAGCACGCUCUGUACUCCGAGCACAGGGCUACAAUGGCCCCGUCGUUACAGUCGAUACUUUCUCCGUCCUGCUUGACCACCCGGAACUCUGCCAGGUCUCCGACUACUGCGCUGCAAACUGCCAUGCUUUCUUCGAUCAUACCCAGCGUCCUGCUGGUGCUGGAGCUUACGCCCUCGCACAGGCGCAUAGUAUUUCGGCUCGAGCUGGCGGGAAGCGGACUAUGAUUACGGAGUCAGGGUGGCCGCAUGCUGGGGAUGUGAAUGGUGGUGCUAUUCCUUCGGUAGAGAAUCAGCGGGUGGCUAUUGCUAGUUUGAGGGGGACUUUUGAUCACCGGAGGGAGGAUUUGGUGCUUUUUACUGCUUUCGAUGAUUUGUGGAAGGAUGAUAAUAGUUUCACUUUCAAUGCGGAAAAGUUUUGGGGGAUCCAUGGAGGUUUGUAG